AUGAGAAUUCAAAUCAAAGGAGGAAUUUGGAAAAAUUGUGAAGAUGAGGUAUUAAAAGCAGCUGUAAUGAAAUAUGGAUUAAAUAAUUGGUCACGUGUAGCAUCAUUGUUAGUAAGAAAGUCAGCAAAACAAUGUAAAGCUCGUUGGUAUGAAUGGUUGGAUCCUUCUGUUAAAAAAACGGAAUGGAGUAAAGAGGAAGAAGAAAAACUUCUUCAUUUAGCAAAAUUAUUCCCAACUCAAUGGAGAACUAUUGCACCAAUUGUUGGAAGAACAGCUCAUCAAUGUUUAGAACAUUAUGAAUAUUUACUUGAUGAAGCAGAAGGAAAAGUAUUUGAUAAAAAUAAAAAUCCAAGACAUUUAAGACCAGGAGAAAUAGAUCCAGCUCCUGAAACAAAACCUCCACGAGCAGAUCCUGUCGAUAUGGAUGAAGAUGAAAAAGAAAUGUUAGCAGAAGCUAAAGCAAGACUUGCAAAUACAAAGGGGAAAAAAGCUAAAAGAAAAGCUAGAGAAAAACAGUUAGAACAAGCUAGACGAUUAGCUUUACUUCAGAAAAAAAGAGAAUUAAAAGCUGCUGGUAUUACUACUUUGAAUUAUAAAAAAAAAGAAAAAAAUAAAAUUGAUCAUGUUAAAGAAAUAUUAUUUGAAAGAAAACCAAUAAAAGGUUUUUAUGAUGUAAGUAAGGAACAGAAUAUUGAAAAUAAUGAAAAUGAAAUGAAUAAAAAAAAAAAAAGCAUAAAAUCUAUGGAGGUUGAACAUAUAAAUGAAUCAAUAAAUAAUGAAAAAAAAGACAAAAAACAUAAAAGAAAUAAUGAAGAAGAUAAUCUAUUAUCAACCAUUGAAAAUUAUGAUAAACAAUUUAAUGAAUUAAGUUAUUUAAGAAAAAGAGUUAAAUUAAAUUUACCUGAGCCAAUAUUAAAUGAAAAUGAAUUAGAAGAGAUUAUUCAAAUAAACAAAGAAGCAUCUUCUUUUAAUGAAAUUAUUAAAGAUCAAAAUAAUGUUCCCAUUAAUAAUAUAUUACCCAGUGUAACUAGUUCCCCUUUUAUAUUAAAUGAUAAAGACAAAUUUUCAUCUGUUGAAACAAACUUUUAUAAUAAAUCAAUAGCUUUUUCAAGUAAAUUAGAUUUAAGUGUACAAAAAGCUGCUCAAAAUUUAAUAUCAAGGAAUAUCAACAUUCCUUUUAUAGGAGCUAAUAAUUUUAUAAAUAAUGAUGAUUCUGAAAAUAUAAAUAACACCAUAGAAGAUACCUUAAAAAAUGAUGAGAUGAGUAUCAGUGAUAAUAUAAAACAAGUUAAAGAAGAAAUAGAAAAUAGCAAAAAAUUGAAUGAUGAAGAAAUAAAUAAAAAAGAAAAAGUAGCUAUUAAAAAUAAAAUUAUUAAUGAUAUAAAAAGUUAUAAAAAAAGUAUGAGCUUAUAUGCACAUUCCAUUAUAUCUUAUAAGAAUUUUAAAAAUGAUAAUUCACUUAUUGAUAAUAAUACAUUGAUAAGUGAAUAUAUUGAUGAUAAUUAUGAAGAAAAAAUAGAUAGAGCCAAAUUACUUAUAAAAGCCUCAUUAGCUAAUUUACCAAAAGAAACUAAUGUUAUAGAAUUACAAAUUCCAGAAGAAAUAACCGAGGAGAAAGAUAAUAAAUUUGAAGAAGAAAGUAUAGUCAAAGAUGCUCAAGAUAUUGAGAAUGAAAAGAAAAUGGAGGAAUAUAAGAAUGAGAAAGAAAAAUUAAAUAAACAAAAUAAAAUUAUUAAAUGGAAUUUACCCAGACCAUAUUUUUUAGAUAAAAUGAAUCUUUUUAAUUUAUCAGAAAAUUCUUUUAAAGAUGUGGAAGAAUUAAUACAGAAAGAGAUGAUUCUAUUAAUUAAAAAUGACAUGUUUAAUUAUCCCAUAAAAAAUGCAACUCCAAUUCAAAAUAAAGUUACAUUAAACGAUAUCGAUAAUACAUAUAUAGAUUUAGCUAAUGAUUAUAUAAAUGCAGAAAUAGAAAAAGAUAAUAGUAAUGUAAAAAUUAUAAAUUUAUCAUCAGAAAAUUUUAAUGGAAACAAUUCUUAUAACCAAAAAAGAUGUGAUAAAUUAAAAAAGGAUAAUCAUUUAGAUGAAAAUAAAGAUAACUGUCACAAUAAUGAUGAUAAUAAUUCAAAUAAUGACAAUAAAACUGAUGAAAUGAAAAAUGAUAUUAAUAAUUUAUCAAGUAAUGAAAAUAACACAAACAAUAUAUAUGAGAAAAAUGAAAUUCAUAAUAAUCAUAUGUUUAAUAAAAAAAAAGUAGAAUAUGAAUUCGAUGAUUUUGAUACAUGGAGAAAAAUAAAUGACAACAUUAUUUUUUCUCCAUCAAAAAAUUCUUAUGUGUUUGUAGAAAGUAUGGACGAACGAGAUUUAAAAGAAAGUUAUAAAUUUAGAUGUGAAAAAUUAAAAGUUCUCAUUGAAAAACAUAUGGAUAUAUAUAGAAAAUUAGAAAAAAAAUAUGACAUAUAUACAAAGGGAUAUCAAUUAAAAAUAAAAAGCUAUAAAAAAUCAUUUGAUUCCUUUUUUAAUUCGUAUAUAAGUUAUAUAAAUGAAAAAGAUGCAUUAAAUUGUUUGCAUGAAAAAGAAAAGAAAUACGCCUUAGAAAGAAUUAAAGAAGAAAAAGAAGAAAACAAAAAAGAAAUAAAUUAUCAUAAAUCUUUACAAAAAUUAUAUUCAGAAUUACUAGAGACGAAUAAAGAAUUAAGAGAAGAAUGUAAACAAACUGUAGUUACGUCGUAG